AUGUCACAACCACAAUUCACAUGUUGUUUUGCCUUUCGAAUUUCGAUCCAUUGUUCAGGAAAUGAUGAAUAACUGCUAUAUUAAACCCUUUAAACUAUUGAAUCUAUUUUAACAGUAAAUUAGCUGAGUAAACUUUCGGAAUAUCUUUCACUGAAACAAUGGAAACGUCAAGUUUCAGUGAUAAAGUCGAGAUUUAUUUCUCGGAACUUGGGCGAUGGAAAGUGUGGAGGAGCAUACUGCUUGGUCAAGUGUUAUCCUUAUUUCUGAGCGGCAAAUGUAUAUUAACAACAAUGUUACAAAGCGCAACCUGGCAGUUUCCUAUCACGGGGCAGCUGGUCGUGCCGUAUUUAGUACUGUUUGUACUCUUUACCCCGAGCCUACUUUGUACCGGGCUGGAGAAGCUAACGAAAAGAUGGUGGGUACUCAUCAUUGCCUGUGUUCUUGACGUGGAAGCUGGCUGGCUGCUAGUCAUGUCACAGAGGUUUACAUCAGUGUUGAGCUGACAGCUGUUAGCAUGCAGUGGUGUUGGUGCAGCACUGGUCGGUGGUGCUUGGAGUGGUCAGAGACUUGGUGUUUCUCAUGUUGCUGGAGCCACCCUUGGCCUGAUGGCUGUAGUCUGCGUUGUGUGGGCUGAUGUUGAGGGUGCUCCUACUGAUGGUAAAAAUCAACUAGUAGGCGAUAUGCUAUGCCUUGGUGGAUCAUUAUUGUUUGCAACAGUCACAGUGCUUCAAGAACUGAUGCUCAAAACUCAUACAUGCUCAGACUAUUUAGCGAUCCUCGGUAUUGUGGGUAGCUUUGUAUCUUGCACUCAAACAUUCUUUCUGGAAUUCCUUGAAUUGAUGAACUUUAACUGGUAUGAGUUAGAGACGAUUGUGCAAUUGGGAAGCUACUGCACAGUACAAACAAUAUUCCAGAUAUUACAAUGUUUUAUGCUGAGAGAUGCUGGGUCUAUUUUAUUGCAUCUAUCAUUCCUGUCUGCUGACUAUUACACUGUGAUCGCUGGCAUGUAUAUAUUUCAGUUUAAGUUCCACGCUCUAUAUUUCCUAUCAUAUUUACUGGCGAUGGUUGGAGUGUUUCUAUUCAGCAGUCGCUCUACGUCGACGCCAGAGCCAACUCCCCCUGAACGUCUGCCCCAGCUCGUCAACGAUUCAGUUCAGUCGCAAGAUAAUGUGUCAAUGGAGUACACUGUUCCAACUCUCGACUGCAUACCUAUAGAAGGAUUGGAACCACCGAUGAGUCGCGAUACAACGUUCACAUCGUUUCUCGGUGGACCACAGCAUCCCUUACCAAACGGCAACGUCACGUUUGCAUCUCCAAAUGGUAAUCAUUCACGAAACGAAAAAGAAACUUAAGGCCCGAGGUACUUUUAUAAAUAUAUUAAAAUAAUUUAUGUCUUGUUUAUUGAACGAUCCGUCUAGUGAAGCAAAGCUUGUUGUUUUCAAAAUGGCAAUACUUGAAUAUCAAUGUUGCCAGAAUAAAAUUUAUGUUGUUAUUAGCUAAUUUUAAGAGUUACCUAAAUUUGUUUUAGUGUAACUGGUUGUGUGCCCAUUUCGGAAUUGAAAGUAGCAGAAGUUAUAUUGUAAUGCAACUUCUAACAUAAUCAAUUACAUGAGAAUCAAUAAAUCUAAUAAUAAAUCUUCUUAAGAUUAAUAAACUAGCGCACAUUUUAAAAGCGAAAAUAAUUCCGAUAGAUUAUAUUCGUUCUAGAAGUUUAAUUAAUAACUAUGUAAAGUAAUAUUUAGAGAAUUUUGUAAUAAGCAUUUAGCAAAUAAAAUUUCGAACGAUAACUGCCAGAUACUCGAAUUUUACCAUAUUUAGCAAAUAUAUAUACUUAGUACAUUAUUACGUGUUUAUAACGAAAAAACUUUCACAUGCACAUUGAUUCUUAAUUAUUGAUUGAAUAAAAAGUAAGUGUAUUUAUUGGUUAAAGUCAAAUAGUUUGUAUAAUUUUUAAAUCUUAGAAAUAUGAACAGCAAAUGAUUUCUUUUUCGAAAUGGGGUACCUGUAUUAAAUCGUUUUUUGCACCAAAAUAAAUGGCUGUAAAUAAAAUAUUUAUGACUUUAAUACUUCACUUACGCACUCGUGUUGCAAAAAAUAUAUAGACAAAUUUUGCUUAUAUGAAGUCAAGAAUAAUUUUGAACGUGACAAUGAUGUAUUUACCAUGAAAUCUGGCACGAUUUUAAAUUAUCUUGUCGAUUGUACGAUUUUGUUUUUAGUUAAAAAAAUUAUUGUUCAUUAUUUGUAUUGUCUGUUACUGUUUGUUGAUUCUUCAAAUUUUAUUGUCCUGUAUAACCGAUAUUAUUAUAAAAACUCAUAUUCACGCUCAAAUAUACUAAGAUUGUAAAGUGUUUAGUUAACUAUUAAACUCUAGUCAUAGGUAAGUCAUAGCUUAAUAAGUAUUAAAAGUCAGCUGUGUACAGUUGGAACAACAAGUAUCCCAUCUCACUAAAAUUUAAAAACAAUCAAAGUAUCACAAAAACCUUGCAGAAACUGAAAUCAGUAAAGGUUGACACGACACAACACUUCACAUGUAUGUAGCGAUGGCUGUGUGUGCCAUCAUAGCUUACACUGUGCACUACAAGGUAAUGUUAUGAUAUUAAGUAAACACUAAUAAAUUUAAAUUAAUUAUGAGAGAAGAUGACUUAGUGCAUAAAUGUAAAUUGUGCGGUUUUCACUAAAAAAAAUGUAAACCCUUGAUCGGCAAGCUCUGGUACUCAGGUACAUAGUUGGGUGGUUUAUGAAGUUUAUCAUAUAAACUGACUGUAAUUAAAUUAUAAUAAUUAUUUUAUUAUUGAAAGUAAUUUUAGUUAUAUUACCAAAGUUAUAGUAGGUACCUAAAUAAUUUUUAUUUUAUUUUUGGAACGAAGUUCCUUAUCGCGCGUUGUGAAAGGAGGCUAGACGGAAAAAAUUGCUACGAAAAGUUGUCACGACACUUCUUAGAUCCGUCAUUCUGACCAAUCAACGUGUAGGCGCUUAUCGCGUGACAUUGCUCGUAUCCGAUUGGUCCGCGUAAUGAGUACAGUUUCUCGAGAUAGCGUUUCAACAAUAGUAAUUUAGUUCAUAGUAUUGUUUUUUCUUCUUCAUAAUGCCGUAAUUUAUUAUUAUAACUUUAAAAAAAAAUUACAAUUCCGUCACUAAUUAAUCGAAAGGAACUUCGUUCCAUCCGGGUGUCCCUUGACACCUCUGAAGUUUUUUAUUGCAUAGAUGGGUGGAAGAGCUCAGCCCACCUGGUGUUAAGUGAUUACCGGAGCCCAUAGACAUCUACAACGUAAAUGGUGACACCCACCUUCAGAUUGAGUUAUAAGGUCUCAGUAUAGUUACAACAGCUGCCCCAACCUUCAAAUCGAAACGCAUUACUGCUUCACGGCAGAAAUAGGCAGGGUGGUGGUACCUACCCGUGCGGACUCGCAAGAGGUCCUACCACCAGUAAUUACGCAAAUUAUAAUUUUGCGGGUUUGAUUUUUAUUACACGAUGUUAUUCCUUCACCAUAGAAGUCAAUAGUGAACAUUUGUUAAGUAGGUAUUUCAUUAGAAAAAUUGGUACCCGCCUGGGAUCCGAACACCGGUGCAUCACUCAGCACGAAUGCACCGGACGUCAUAUCCUUUAGGCCACGACGACUUCACUAAAUAAUAAACAAAUAGGUCUAUAACACGCACAACCCUAUUAGUUAAUCCUUGUAGGCCUUUGAUAUUCAGACCACCAGGCUUCCAGAAAAAGUUAGUCCUUCAUUCGAUACAGAAAAGUAUUCAAUUGCGUUUACCUCAAUUACUUAUUCAUUUAAGUUCAUUGUUGAUUGUUCACACAUAAUUAAACUAUACCUUAAACUGUGAUAGUUUUAAUUCCUUAUAAGUCAUGAUUGUUAACUUUAUGAAAGAAAAAAAACCUUUGACAUUUUAAAGCUCUGUUUUACUUUAAAAUGAAAGAUUGUUAUGAUUAUGAAAUACUAAUAGAUUUUUUUUAUAUUAUUGAGUAAUGUAAUUUUAAAAAGCAGGAAAUUCUUAAUAGAUUAUUUACAUUUCUAGUAUGAUACGGUAUGAUCUUGGUGUAUUUUAAAAUUUUAAUGUGCUUCACUGAAUGAAUAUGUAAAAAACUAACAUGAAGUAUUAAAAUUUUGUCACUGUUUGAUAGGUGUAGAUUUGGACUUAUAAAUAUUGAUAAUACAAUAUAUAUAGAUGAAUAGAACAAGUUGUAUUCUGCGGUACGUAGGUGUUCUCUUUAGGGAAACAUACACUUCAGCACAAAAGUUGCCUAAAUCUUUAUUACGUUGUAAAAUUAACGAAAUUGAUCAGAAAAAUAUUUUCACAUUUGUUAAUGAAAGAAGAUGAUAAGAAAUAGAAAUGCAAAAUUCGACUUCUGCCUUAAUAUCUCUAUCUUCUUAAUGUUUUUAUGUUGCUAUCAUGAAGCUAUCCCACAUUUUGUGCUGGUUGUCCUAGUCUUUACGACAAACAUAUAACACUAAUCGAAUUUACAAAAUUAUUAUAAUAAUACUGCAUUUUUUGGUCCAUUUAUUAAAAGUGAAAUAUUUUCUCUUUAGUUUAAUUUCCAAUGUAGAGGUUGUAAAUAUGCUCCUAAAGAUAGCAAAUAAAUGUGAAUCUCAAUCAGAAAUUUAUUCUAUGAAUCAAGAGUUAAUGUAUCGUACUUAUAUCUAAAUCGAAUAUACAAUGUUUAUAAGAA